AUGUCGCAAUCCCCCCUCUACAUCGGGUUCGACCUGUCAACCCAGCAGCUCAAGGGCCUGGUCGUCAAUUCCGAUCUUAAAGUCGUCUACAUCGCCAAAUUCGAUUUCGAUGCCGAUUCCACUGGUUUCCCCAUCAAGAAGGGUGUGAUGACAAACGAAGCUGAACAUGAAGUCUUUGCUCCUGUUGCUUUGUGGCUACAGGCUAUGGAUACCGUCCUCGACAGUUUGCGCAAGCAAGGGUUAGACUUCAGUCGGGUCAAGGGUAUCAGCGGCGCAGGUCAACAGCAUGGAAGUGUUUACUGGGGCAACGAAGCAGAGAAUAUCCUUCGCAACCUGGAUGCCUCCAAGUCUCUUCAAGAUCAACUCCCCGCCGCCCUCUCUCAUCCCUACAGUCCCAACUGGCAGGACUCGAGCACCCAGAAAGAAUGCGACGAAUUCGAUGCUGCCCUUGGAGGUCAAGAGCAACUGGCCCAGGCGACUGGAAGCAAGGCCCACCAUCGAUUCACAGGUCCCCAGAUUCUCCGCUUCACGAGGAAGCAUCCCGAAGUCUAUAGCAAGACAGCUCGAAUCUCCCUGGUGUCCUCAUUCAUUGCCUCGCUCUUCCUCGGACACAUUGCACCUUUUGACAUCUCGGAUGUAUGCGGUAUGAACUUGUGGAAUAUUAAGAAGGGUUCCUACGAUGAACAGAUCCUCAAGCUGUGCUCCGGCAAGUUCGAACUCAAUGAUCUGAAGCAAAAGCUGGGCGAGGUGCCCGAGGACGGAGGACUACACCUGGGCUCUGUUCACCCAUAUUAUACACAACGCUACGGCUUCAGCCCCGACUGCACAGUGAUCCCAGCUACCGGCGACAACCCAGCCACCAUCCUCGCACUCCCUCUCCGACCUUCCGACGCGAUGGUAUCUCUCGGAACCUCAACAACCUUCCUCAUGUCUACCCCAAGCUACAUGCCCGACCCCGCCACCCACUUCUUCAACCACCCCACGACAGCCGGUCUCUACAUGUUCAUGCUGUGUUAUAAAAACGGCGGUCUGGCCCGCGAAUAUGUACGAGACGCGAUUAAUGAUUCCCUCAAGGAUACCCCCACCCAGCCCUGGGCCAAUUUCGACAAGAUCGCUCUGGAGAGCAAGCCAUUGGGACAAAAGAGCUCAACCGACCCGAUGAAAAUGGGUCUCUUCUUCCCGCGACCGGAGAUCGUCCCGAACCUCCCAUCCGGCCAAUGGCGCUUCACUUACAACGCCGAGACAGGGGAGCUACAAGAAACCACCUCCGGAUGGACCGCCCCACACGACGAAGCCCGCGCCAUUGUCGAGAGUCAAUUCCUUUCCCUCCGCCUGCGCUCCCGCGGUCUAACUUCCAGUCCCGGGAACGGUCUCCCCGCCCAACCACGCCGAGUGUACUUGGUCGGAGGUGGAUCCAAGAACGAAGCCAUCGCCAAGAUCGCGGGCGAGAUUCUCGGCGGCGUGGAAGGUGUUUACAAGUUGGAUAUUGGAGAUAAUGCCUGUGCCCUUGGUGCUGCGUAUAAGGCUGUCUGGGGAAUGGAACGAGCGCCCGGUCAGACUUUCGAGAACCUUAUUGGCCAACGGUGGCAGGAGGAGCAGUUCGUUGAGAAGAUUGCGGAUGGUUACCAGAAGGGUGUCUUUGAACAGUAUGGCAAGGCUGUUGAAGGAUUCGAAAAGAUGGAGGAUUAUGUUGUGCAGCAAGUGCUGGAUAAGGGGAUUGAGACGGUAUAG